CGCAUCGCACUGCAGUGCAUUCCGUUUCGUUCCUGCCCGCCGCAUGCCAUGCUGACCGACUACUCCAAGUGGGAUCGCCUGGAGGUUUCGAGCAGCGACGGGGACUCGGGGAGCGAGGACGAUGCCCACCCUGCGGCACCCCGGGUCACCCGGUUGGAGGCACCGAGCCGGAUCACCUUUGGGGGCGGGUCCCCCACCAUCGCCGCGUCUCCGCCGGCCCCCGGCCCACGCGCAAGCCCCGCCGCCGCACCCCUUGCGCCGCGGGAAGCGCCAGCCCCGGAGGGAACCGGUGCGGCGGGGGCACCCCCCGGCGGAAACGCAAGCGCACCUUCGGCGUGGACCGAGCGCGGUGGCCUUGUUUUCGUCGACGCCGCCGCACACGGGCACCGGGCCCGCAACCUCUACUGGUCGCAGGACCGGUACUCGGUGGUGCUCCGGCUGGAGCUGGAGGGGGCCGAAAAGGUCGGAUCGGUGACCGUCGGGGGGAUCCUCCCCUACCGCGACCGGUGUGCGGCCGCCGGGACGGCCAGGCCGGUGCUGUCGGCCGGGAGCAGGGACGGCACCGUGCUGCUGGAGGGGGAACUCCCGCACCCCGUCCACCUGGACGAGGACGAGGAGGUCGUGGACUGGUCCGUGGAAGCGGCUCCCUCGGAGGCGACCGGGAGGUACCUCUGCGUCGCGCUGCGCAAGGCCGUUCCCAUGCAGGGCCUGUCGGUGUGGUGGCGCCGUCCGCUGACGGAAUUCCCCGAAGCCGACCUCGGCGCCAUCCGGGGCGCGGAGCUUUCGAAGGGCGGCUCGGACGAGUUUCUCCGGGCAUGGGAAGAAGCCCACAAGGUGUUUCGGGAGGGGAAACCGAAGCGGUUGCCACGGAAUGGACCCGGCGGGCCGUGAUGCAAUCGCCGCAAGCGAAGGGUCCGAGGGGCGACGAAUGCGUCGUUCGAGAACCUAUUCGAACAACCGUCUCGUGCCAUGCAACGAGGAGAAAGCCGGUGCGAAUGUCUCUGAAAUGUAUAUCAUUGGGAGUGGGGCAAAGAGAGGUGAGGAAAUGAUGGUUUUUUUUGGCACAAUGGGGAAUGUUUGACACUGUACUAGUACUACCGAUCGAUGAGUGUUACAAUGACGAUAUAUUCUCAAAAAAAAAAGUAGAUAGAGACAUCGGAAUGCAAUUGACGAUGAAACCAUAAUCAGAGCAACGCUUAUUCGCUGCAGCAAAGCAGUACAGUCCCCUUCGAGGAGCAGCAUCGUUGUGAUAAUUUGGAAUGCAUCUAUCUGUUUCUUACGCAAAUCUCUCUGCCCAAACUUUUUUUUCGUUCAGGCGUUUGGUCAUCGGAAACGAGUUCUUCCCCGGCACGGUUGCUCUUGAUUUGGCAACAACGUUUGCAAGGCACUGCGCAUGACAGUAAAUCCAAGACUCGAGG